AAUUCAUCAUCUUUUGUUUUCGAUGAGAGAGGAUGACGUUGCAUACGUAGAACAAUGGACAACUUGAGAGAAACUCAACAGCAAGUACCUGAAAUAUUUCCUAGAAAUGAGGGAACAACCAAUGUUCCUCCUGUAAAUGGAAACCAAGAAUGGAAUAGACCCCAAAGUACUUACUUACCGGAAGCAACUCCUUUUGGCUACAACAACAACAACAACAACAGUGGUCUUGGUUCUUGGUUUUCCUCCAGAUGGGGUAACCCAUUAUCAGGUUACGGAGGCAACACUUAUCCCUAUUCCUCGGGUUUUGGUCCUUACUAUUAUGGGAAUGGUGGAAUAGGAAACAACAACAUGAUGUACGGUUCCCCAUGGGGAGGUGGCUUUCCUGGCACCACCAACUUGCUAGGCUUCAACAACCCACUCGUUCAGAACUUUAUUUCUCCAGGCCAAAAUAUGUUGGCUUCAGUACAAAAUGCUAUGCAAGUAUUCGCCAGAUUCUCGGGUUUGAUGGAAGAAACCAUGCGAAACCUACACCUCGUAUUUGACAGCAUUUUUGGUUUGGUACAAAUACUGGGAUUGUUGAAACAAGAAAUGUUUCGUUUCGUAGCACCGAAGAGCAGUGUAUUUCAACCUGUGAUACGAGUGGCGGAAAAGUUGUUGCGUUUUUGGAAGUUGUUUUUGUUGUUUCUCAUGUCGCCGUUGGCGGGUAAAUAUUCACCGGUUUCUUUGGUGUUGAAAAUAUUGGGUUUGGUACCUGAAGAGAGUGCAAGAAUAUCGUUGGAUGAGAGUGGAACGAAUCAUAUACAAGUGAGACCAGAGGAGGAAGGGCCGAGUCGUACACAUAAUGAUGAUCAAGAGUCCAAUCUGUAGUAAAUGUUGUGUUUUGGAAAGAGGAUUGAUGUUUCAAGAUUGUAGAGAAUGACGGGCCUUUUAGAUGUGAUAAUGACUUGAAGUAUAUAGGGAGUCGUAGUAUCUUGAAUCAUGUGGAGAUGACUUGAAAGUGAUAAGGAAGAGUGUGCAAAAGGCACUGAAGCGAUAUAUGCAUCGUUACCAAU